AUGAAGAAUUUACCGUAUCCACAUGCUCCAUCAAAGAAAGACAAGGAACGCCAGUUUGCAAGGUUCUUUGAUAUAAUCAAGAGGUUACAGAUCAACAUACCCUUUACAGAGGCUUUAGAACAGAUGCCAUCUUAUGCAAGAUUUAUGAAGGAGCAUCUGACAAAGAAGAGAAAAUUGAGCGAGGAUGGAACAGUGGAAUUUGAGGCAGGUUGCAAUGCUAUAAUUCAGAAGUCACUUCCACAAAAAUCUAGAGACCCAGAGAGUUUCACUUUGCUAGUUACCAUUGGCAAUCUUUCUGUGGGGAAGGCAUUGUUGGACUUAGGCGCUAGUAUCAAUCUUAUGUCUUUAUCUAUGUUACAGAGGAUAGGUGAGGUGGAGGUGAGACCUACCACGAUGACUCUGCAGCUGGCUAAUAGAUCUAUAAAGUAUCCUCAUGGCAUUGUUGAAGACCUCUUGGUUAAAGUUGAUAAAUUUUGGUUCCCAGUUGAUUUUGUUGUCAUGGACAUGGAGGAGGAUUCUGAAGUUCCUCUCAUUUUGGGACAGCCAUUCAUGAAGACGGCCAAGGUCAUCAUUGAUGUUGAUGAUUUGAAAACUCAAGGUUAG